AUGGAUGCACAGAGUUCAGCUAAAGUCAAUUCGAGGAAGAGGAGGAAAGAGGCACCUGGCCCUAAUGGCACAGAGGAAGACGGCAUUCCUUCCAAAGUUCAGCACUGCUCAGUCGGGCUUACGGCAGCAUCUCCUUUUUCUGAUGAAAUUGAAGUUGACUUUAGUAAGCCCUAUGUCAGGGGUAACGAUGGAAAAGCCUGCAGAGGAACUCCGUGUGAGCGGCCUGUGAGAGUUUAUGCGGAUGGAAUAUUUGACUUAUUUCACUCCGGUCAUGCCCGGGCUCUGAUGCAAGCGAAGAACCUUUUCCCUAAUACCUACCUCAUUGUGGGAGUCUGCAGUGACGAGCUAACGCACAACUUCAAGGGCUUCACUGUGAUGAACGAAAACGAGCGUUACGACGCCGUACAGCACUGCCGCUACGUGGACGAGGUGGUGAGGAACGCCCCCUGGACACUGACGCCUGAGUUCCUAGCCGAGCACCGGAUUGAUUUCGUAGCCCAUGAUGAUAUCCCCUAUUCUUCUGCGGGGAGUGAUGACGUGUAUAAGCACAUCAAGGAAGCAGGCAUGUUUGCUCCAACACAAAGGACAGAAGGUAUCUCUACAUCAGACAUCAUCACCCGCAUUGUCCGUGACUAUGAUGUGUAUGCGAGACGGAACCUCCAGAGGGGCUACACUGCCAAGGAGCUCAAUGUCAGCUUUAUCAACGAGAAGAAAUACCACUUGCAAGAGCGGGUUGAUAAAGUAAAGAAGAAAGUGAAAGAUGUGGAAGAAAAAUCAAAAGAAUUUGUGCAGAAGGUGGAAGAAAAGAGCAUUGACCUCAUCCAGAAGUGGGAAGAGAAGUCCCGAGAAUUCAUUGGAAGUUUCCUGGAAAUGUUUGGUCCAGAAGGAGCACUGAAACACAUGCUGAAAGAGGGAAAAGGUCGGAUGCUGCAGGCCAUCAGUCCCAAGCAGAGUCCCAGCAGCAGCCCUACUCACGAACGCUCCCCCUCCCCCUCCUUCCGGUGGCCCUUCUCUGGCAAGACCUCCCCAUCUUCCUCCCCAGCAAGUCUCUCUAGGCGCAAGGCUGUGACAUGUGACAUCAGCGAGGAUGAAGAGGACUAACUUUUCCUCCCCGUACCCUCUCCCUUCCCCUGCCCAUCACCUCCAGAAGCUCUCUGUCGAAUUCCAUUUUGUGAUCCCAACACUAAACCUAAGGAUAUCUACAUAGAAAAGACAAAUGGGCAAGAGGACCUGGGAAUGGGGGACAGAACAGCCCGUGCCCCAGCCCUCGUCAGCCACCCUGAGAAGGCUGAGCACACCGUAGAAGCCUGCCAUGCAUCCAUCCCCCUCCCCAGAACUUUGCUUUGCUGUUCAUGUUCAUGUAAUCUUGACAGGGAAAUUGACAUUUUUAUUAAUUUUUUAAAAAUUAGUCUUUCAAAUAUAGUAAGUAGAGCUAAUUUUUUGCCCCUGAGGAGUGGGCAGAAGAAGGAAGUGUGUAAUACCCAGAGGCCUUUCUUCCUGAUACACUAGUGCUUGCCUUCCAUUCUGGAGCAAAGUGACUCACCAGGUCCUUCCAACAGAGAGCCAUGCUGAUGGGUCAUUUGGCGAUACUAUUGCAAUUUCCACUUCCCUAAUAUAUCUAAAACCUGAAUUAGCUCCCAAUCCCCCGCGUGUCCUGCCGGCCCGUGUGUCAGCAUGGCUGUGGGAAGGAAGAGAUCUGAGCCUCACUUCUCUUGCUCCCUGAGGAGUUUCUUGUUGGACCCCUUGGGGUCCAUGCAGACACUGAUGGGGAUGCAAUCAAACCAGAGAGCAUCAGUUGCAGUGUUUCUGCUGCGUUCAUCUCAGAAAAUUCUGAUACCCAACUAUUUGGGAGCUCUUGUCAAUCUCUUUCCUGCACCCUGCAUGUAAAGGAAGGAGCCCUGAGGGAUGCUGGGACCGCAGAGGAGAGCGGGAUGGCCGCAGUCUAGUGACGGGCAGUUGUGGCUGAGCUUCUGUCGGGAAUAAGUCCCUCGCCUGCAGCUGCCAGUUCAGCACCAUGCCUGGCUUUACACAAAGGAUGCUUUGUAAAUGUUUCAGCUUGAACUUGGCCCGUUAAUCCAUGUUACUUAUUGCCAUAUUUAAUUAACACUUUGAGUUUUCACAGGUCGUACAGCAAAAGCACUUUGCUCUCUAAAACACUUGUCAGGCUCUGUUCCUCCUAAGAAUGCUCUUGGGUUGAAUCAGUGUCCCAUGGAGACUCUGUCCCCUAAGAGCUGCACUUGACAGGGACUUUCCCUACUGUCCCCUCUAAACUACUAGUACACAGAGGUCCGUCCCCCUAACCCACCCAUGCUGGUGCCUAUGCCUCCACUGCACCUAUUGGUUUCUAGGGGAAACAGAGAGCGAUGAUUCUCAGCACUUGCUAUGGAGUAUGAGCUGAUGUUUUCAGUUGGCACUACAUGGCCCGGCAAGUUCAUCACUGUCAGUCAUCCUGUAGCUGGAUUUAGGGCAAACUGUUUAUUCUAAGACCUGCUUGUCAUUACUCAUAAAUGCCCCUUGUAGGGGUGGAACUUUAGUGUUUUCAGCAAAGAAAACCACAUUUUCUUUUUCCUUGUACCUCUGCUGGGACUGUAAGCACCUCACAGUCCUCCCCAGAUACUCUCCGGUGGAAGCUGUGCUAAGCCUCAGGGUCUGAGGCUAGCACCACAUGAUGCCUGCAUGACAGGACUCCCCAGGCUCCUAAACUGUCUUCCAGGCAGGCAGAGCAGAGGAGAGGGCCGGAGAGCCACAUCUUGGUGUCUCAGUAGCCUGUGGGAACGCCACUCCUUAACUCCUCGUGAAGUGCUGUUUCCACUCAGAUCUGAGUCCUAUGGCCUGGAACCCUUUCUCAUACUUGUUGAAAUGAGUGUUUUCCACAUCAUGUAGCACUGCACAGCUCCCUUUACCCUUCCUACUCUUGUCUUCUCUUCGGUGAUCCGUGUUUCUCUCUGCCUUAUUCUCCCAGGUACACACAGGCGAUGACAUCAGUACCUACUCGCCUGCUUGUUCUCUCAGUGUAUAUCCCCAAGCUAGCACUGUGGAAACGGAGAGGGUCUCAAACCUCAGAGCCUCUGGGCUGAGAAGAUGUGUGCCAUAGCUAGGACUAGCCUACACUCGUGUCCUCGGAGCGUCCCUCACCCUUUCCUGCCCUCUAACACUCAUAUCCUCAGAUGACUUAGACAUGAAGCAGAAACGCUGAGGGUACGGCAGCAUGCUAGGUGCCUGAGGGUCCGUGUCCUCCUAGGUGCUAGAAAAAGGUGCUGUUGGGAUACUGAGCUGUCGGCCAUCUGUACCCAGUUAAAUGUGGCCAAGCGUUUGGAUGUCGUGUCUGGCCAAUCUGUACCUCUUCCUGUGCAACAACCUCAGCUGAGGAGCCUUUCCCUGAGGCCACAUACGAAAGCAGGCAGCAUGAAAGGGUGGGAGAGCCGUAAGUUGUUGGGCCUU